GGAAGCUCACAUUACUACUGGUUGAAUCGAAUGCCCUUAGACCAAUUUCGCCCCCACAGUUUGUAAUUAAAUGGGUCCGAAGAAUGUGAGGUACUUAAACCACAGCAAAUUAUCUGGAAGUGAAUGCUGAACCAUGUUAUCCAACGAUAUUACCACUCUGAGAUGUGGACUUCGAGAACCAAAACGAGUCACCAUGGCGAGUCCAGGGAAAGACAGCUACAGGAUGAAGAGCUACAAGAACAAAGCCCUGAAUCCUCAAGAGAUGCGCCGAAGGAGAGAGGAAGAAGGAAUCCAAUUACGAAAACAGAAACGAGAGGAACAGCUAUUUAAGAGGAGAAAUGUAUGUACGCCAGCGGUAGAUGAAUCAAUGUCAGAAUGUCCGAUCCAGGAUCCAGACGUCAGCUCAACAGUUCCCGUUGCCAGCGAUGGUGUCAUAACACCUGAUAUGAUUCAGAUGAUUUCCUCUGAAGAUCCAGACCAUCAACUGAUAGCUACACAAAAAUUCAGAAAACUGCUCUCCAAAGAGCCCAACCCGCCCAUAGAUGAGGUUAUUGCCAUUCCUGGGGUUGUGAAUAAGUUUGUGGAGUUCCUGAAAAGGAGUGAGAACUGCACAUUGCAGUUUGAGGCGGCCUGGGCUUUAACCAAUAUUGCCUCAGGCACCUUCCUGCACACCAAGGUUGUGAUUGAAACAGGAGCUGUGCCUAUUUUCAUUGAGCUGCUGAACUCUGAAUACGAAGAUGUACAGGAACAGGCGGUUUGGGCGCUGGGCAACAUCGCUGGAGAUAAUGCGGAGUGCAGGAACUACGUACUCAACUGCGGCAUCCUGCCUUCUCUACAGCAACUACUUGCAAAAUCCAACCGUCUAACUACAACUCGAAAUGCAGUUUGGGCUCUCUCUAACUUGUGCCGCGGGAAAAACCCACCACCAGAUUUUUCCAAGGUAUCGCCGUGCCUUAGUGUGCUGUCCAGACUUCUUUUUAGCAGUGAUCCAGACGUAUUAGCAGAUGCCUGCUGGGCGCUCUCAUACUUGUCUGACGGUCCUAAUGAGAAGAUCCAGACUGUCAUUGACUCUGGAGUCUGCCGGAGACUGGUGGAGCUAUUAAUGCACAGUGACUACAAGGUUGUUUCUCCCGCUUUACGUGCAGUGGGAAACAUUGUUACUGGAGAUGACAUUCAGACACAGGUGAUCUUGAACUGUGCAGCGCUGCCUUGUUUACUACACUUGCUUAGCAGUCCCAAGGAGUCUAUCAAAAAGGAGGCCUGCUGGACUGUGUCUAACAUCACCGCUGGAAAUAGAGCUCAGAUUCAAAAUGUGAUCGAUGCCAACAUCUUCCCGGUACUGAUUGAGAUUCUUCAGAAGGCAGAGUUCCGCACAAGGAAAGAGGCAGCAUGGGCGAUAACCAACGCCACAUCGGGUGGUACUCCUGCUCAGAUCAGGUACCUGGUUUCUCUGAGCACGAUCAAGCCCAUGUGUGACCUUCUUACCGUGAUGGACUCUAAGAUCGUACAGGUGUCUCUAAAUGGUCUGGAAAACAUCCUUCGACUGGGAGAACAGGAAGCCAAAAAGAAUGGAACAGGCAUCAACCCCUAUUGUGCGCUUAUUGAGGAGGCAUACGGCUUGGACAAGAUUGAAUUCUUGCAGAGUCACGAGAACCAGGAGAUCUACCAGAAGGCCUUUGACCUGAUCGAGCACUACUUUGGUGUGGAUGAGGAAGACGCCAGCCUGGCACCACAGGUGGACCAGGGUCAGGGCCAGUUCAUCUUUCAACAGCAGGAGGGACCCAUGGAGGGUUUCCAGCUCUAGCAUCAGCUCACUUUCACCGCUUCAAUCAUUUCCUGAUGUCAAGGAUCUCACUAUCUGAUAAACUGGGUCCUGACCUAAUCUCACCUUGGAUGUCUUCAAAGGCUCCCCCAGAUCAUCCACGUCCUCCAGGCCAACAAAAAAACUAAGACAUCGAGAUGUGUGAGUACCAAGCCCCAUCCACGCUUCCCUGAAAUGAGUGAGCCUGUAAGGGAUGUCUGUCAGAAGUAAGCAUUUCCCGGAUGCAAUUACAGUACGACUGUAUGUUCCAGAGCCCCCUUUCCAUUUGAAGGACAAGUGAAUGGGUUCAUUAUUUAUUUCUGGAGAGUUGAGGAGCUCCUGUUAUUCCAGCGUUACCAGUUGAGAUGAUAUUUCCUCUUUUUAACUCUUUCAGUGCUAUUGACGUUGAUAGACGUCUAAUCAUGUUUUUUUUUUUUUCGUCCUUCUGCUGUGAAUUUAAGUUGGUUUGUUACAAGUAGACGUCCAAUACAUUUGAUCUGGCAGGGCUGGCUGGCAGCGAAUGAACAAAUGUUUAUUUGCUCCCAGCCCUCCCAGGUCAAAUAGAUUAGACAUCUAUCGCCGUCUGUGGUAGCCAAUGAUUUUUAUUUUCUUCACAUAGCAAGACAUCUGCAAUCCAUCAUGAGGAAAGAACUCAUUCAUGAAUUGUAACCUGAGCUUGCGGAGUAAUUUGUGUAAUGAUCCUACCGGGUCAAUUUGGAGCGCGUUGUAUAUCAUAUACAGUUGAAGCCAGAAGUAUACAUACACUGUGGAAAAACACAUUUAAUUUUUUUGUCUCCCUGUCUGAAGUCAAAUCAGACUAAUCCUCUCUUGUUUCAGGUCAGUCAGGAUUACAGAAUUAUUUUAUUUUGUUCUAUGCCAAAAAUAACGAGAGAAUUUGUCAUAGAAUUUGAUAUUUUCUAGUGAUGCACGAUAAUACAUUUUUCAACCGAUAACCGAUAAUUUCCUCAUUCCAACCGAUAACCGAUAAUGUCAAGCCGAUAAUUCUAUUAGAAGAUUUAUGUGAAAUUUUAAAGUAUACACAAAAGAAAAUAUUACUGUGCAAAAAUAUAAUUUAUUGCUCUUUUUUUCAACAUAAAAUAUGAACAAUGACAGAUUGUCUGACAUUGUGUAAUGGUAAACUUUUGGCAACAAUUUCUUACAGAGUAAAUACCUAAGUUGCACAAAAAUGCCUUUAGAAGUAAGCCAUUCCUAACAUAACAUUAAUACACUGCAAAACACACUUCCUUAAAACUAGUCAGUUUUAAGUGUAAAUCUAUUGGCAACAAGUGAAAUUAUCUGCCAUCGCUUCAAGUGUAUUUCUCUCAGAUUUCUUGGAAGAAAAAUAGCUAGCUGAAAAUAAUCUUAACAGCCUUGUUUUAAGCAAUACAUUAUUAUACUCAAUCCUAAAAAAAAAAAAAAAAAAAAAAAAAAAAAAAACUUGGAAGAAGGAAAGAUUUUGAAUAAUAUUUGUGGCUACAGAAUAUUGAUUUAAGAAUUUGAUUAUCUACUGUGACUGUAAUUGAGCAGAGAAAUAAGUUAAAUAAUUUGAAAAGUGAUUGCUAAUGUUAUAUGCUUUGUUGCACAUUGUGAAAAUGAUUAACUCAAAAGAGCGAGAUGUCAUGUACCCAUUCUGCAGGGCUUUGUUUACAUUUGCGGCUUUAACGACAUUUGCUUUACAGCAGCUAAACUGCUACAAGGCAGUACUAUUUGGACGGACUUGGAGCUCGCAUCCGUGUGCGUGUUGUUUUGUGCCUGAGUUUUGUUAAGCCGAAAAUAAAGGCAGCGUUACAAAGUCAUCUGACCGCUCGUCAUUUUACAUACUGCAUGCAUUAUUGACUGGCUGACUUCGUUUUCUCCAUGUUUAAAUUACCAUCUAACCACUGUGCCGUCAUGAUAAGCUUGCUUACUGGACAUCACUUUUUCAUGAAGAAUGGUGGUCGUAUAAACGGCAUUAUCUUUUUUAUCCAGGGCUUUGGUUCUCGGGUCAUUUAGGUAAAAAAAAAAAAAAAAACGUGUCUCAUCUCGGCGGCAGCUACGUUCGUACCGGAUAAUCCGCCCGCCCUGGCCGGUUCGCCGCGGCGUAUUCGGGUCCUGGCUCUGCUCGCACGCCAUGGGGGAACGCUCGAGAAACCGGGGUGGUCGCCGGAGGUCCCGAGGCCGGGGAACCAGGCUCGGCCUGCCCAUGGCGAGGCGGCGGUGGCCUGCCAGUGCUGGAGCGGCGGGCUCUGUCGGAAGACGGCUACUUGCCGACUAUCGGUCUCCAGUCGUGCCGGUGUUUAGCCUUAGAUGCGAAUUUACCACCCGCCUUGGGCUGCAUUCCCAAACAGCCCGACUCUGUAUCGUCACAAGCCCUGUAGUUUAACGUAGUUAGUGUUUACAAUAGCUUUAGCAUUCCCGCUAGCAGCAGCCUCGUAUUCGUUCCAAAAAUCUUUGUGAUGCAGUUUUAAAUUGCUGCUGGGUUAGUGGUUUUGAAUGAGGACGCUUUCUUUCUGCCUCGUGGAACUUCUAUGGUACAUGUUUCGCAGAUGGCGAGAGCGUUGUUUUUUUUAGUAACAGCCGCCAUAAUAUUCACCUACUUCCUGUCGUGUAACUCCGCCUCCUCAACCCCUCCCCUCCCCUCUCUGAAGCCCCUGAGGGAGUGCUGAAUUCUUCGGUUGCGCACAUUUGGAGACUAAAUCAAGUAUAUAAUUAUCGGAUUGCAUUAUCGGUUGAAUUUUUUUAUUAUCUGGAUUAUCUGUGUGAUGUCAUAAUUGCCAUUAUCGGCCGAUAAUUAUCGGUGACCGAUAUUAUCGUGUAUCUUUAAUAUUUUCUUUGAGCACAAGUUCAUAUACACAAAAAGUACUACAAUGGUAUGAAAAAGUAUCUGAACCUCUUGUAAUUUCUCACAUUUCUGCAUAAAAUCACCAUCAAAUAUGAUCUGAUCCUUGUCAUCAUCACACAGAUGAAAAACAGCGUCUGCUUUUACUAAAACCACCCAAACAUUUAUAGGUUUUCAUAUUUUGAUGAGGAUAGUAUGCAAACAAUGACAAAAGGGGCAAAAAUAAGUUAGUGAACCAUCACAUUUAAUAUUUUGUGGCCCCCGCUUUGACAGUAAUAACUUCAACCAGACACAUCCUGUAGCUGCAGAUCAGUCUGGCACAUCGAUCAGGACUAAUCUUGGCCCAUUCUUCUCAACAAAAUUGCUGUAGUUCAGUCAGAUUCCUGGGAUGUCUGGCAUGAAUCGCUGUCUAUAGGUCAUGCCACAGCAUCUCUAUGGGGUUCAAGUUUGGACUUUGACUUGGCCACUCUAGAAUGUAUAUUUUGUUCUUCUGAAACAAGAGCGUAAUAAGGAACUACACACGAAUGUUAGCAAUGAUCAUGUGAACAUACAUCAUGUGUAGUCUACAACUAGGUCUGCAGCUAUCGAUUAUUUUAGUUACCUGUUAAUCUGUCAGUUAGUUAGUUCAAAUAAUCGGGUAAUCGGAUAAGGAACAUUUAAUGCGUUGCAGACUAAAUUUAAACAAAGGCUUGCGAAGAUUACACUUUCAAAAGAACAUUAAAGUGCUUGUGACACGAAAAAGCAUGUUUAUUUUAUGCUCCUGAAUGAUAUGGACCGCUUGGAUGUGUGUGGAAGCGAUCGCUAUAUUUAUUUAGUUUUUUGAAUCCCGCGCCAGGAAAAUGAGUGACUUCCGGCUUCGGUCUUGCAUUGAGGAGGAGGGCGCUGUGACGUGUACGGUAGAAGACGUCCUCUUCACUAUACAGCGUACUGUUGUGUAUGGGGACGAAUGAUUCAGCUGAUUUUGCGGAUUAAUACGUUUAUUUUUCGCAUCACGCCAGCCAAACGGCUGCAGAAAAAUCAUUCUGUAUGAGGGAGAGGCGUAUGCGCCUUUUUGGAGUUUCAAAAGGUUCCCAUUCACCGUGGAUAUUUACUGUGGGACCAUUGGACUUAGGAGGACGUGAGUAAACAUCUUGUUUUGUAUUAUGUCAAAUACGAAUACAGCGAUUACAAAGUAAACACUACAAACUUCCUUUAAAUGAAGGACUACUUACGUUUGAUCAUUGAUAGGCAUGUAAAAGGCUGUCCUAAUGGUCAUUAGCAGCAGCCCGUUAGCUGCACAACAACUCCAGCCACCCUCCUCCGGGGAACAAACUGUAAAUUGCUCUUCGCCGGGCGGUUUGCCGAUCCGCGACGACAAUAGACAACCGGGUCGUCAUGUCAAAUAAUCCAGGAUAGUUAUGUGUGAUUUUCCGCUUUGAAGACUUUGAAACAUCACUCGGUUCGGGUUAGCAUGUCGGCUAGCUGUCACGCCUUCUGGGUUGUUUACAUUCUCCGAAGCCGGGGAAGGGAAAUGACAUAUGUCCGAUUUAGGUGUCAUGAAAUAUAGUUCGAGAGGUGCGACAGUAAAGGUGAAGUCGACAGUUUUGACCAUUAUGGAGUAAUUUUGCCGUGUCGUCCUGAAUAAAUGCAUUUUUAUUAUUUCAUAUUCCAUUCAGCACAAGACUGUUAUUUGUCAUGACCAUGCCAUUUAUUUAGCAAUUGGGGAAAAUACUUGGAUAAAAAGAAUAUCCGGAAAAAAAUUGAAGUAAAGAGACAGAAACAAUGACAUUUUGCUGCUCUCUUCGUCGCGUUUUCCUCAUUGUGAAUAGUUCCCCCUCGACGGGCUGACUGGUGCUUCUCAAGCCAUUUAUAUAGCUAUUGGGGAAAAAUACUUGGAUAAAAAGAAUAUCCGGAAAAAAAUUGAAGUAAAGAGACAGAAACAAUGACAUUUUGCUGCUCUCUUCGUCGCGUUUUCCUCGUUGUGAAUAGUUCUCCCUCUACGGGCUGACUGGUCCUUCUCAAGCCAUUUAUAUUGCUAUUGGGGAAAAAUACUUGGAUAAAAAGAAUAUCCUGUAAAAAUAUUGGAGUAGAGAGACUGAAACAAUGACAUUUGGCGGCUUUCUUCGUCGCGUUUUCCUCGUUCUGAAUAAUUCCCCCUUAAUGGGCUGAAUAGUAAAAUCGAUGAGCCCAGUCUACCGCUGACGUCAUCCACCUGUUGGGGACGCUAAAGCCCUAUAAUGGUAGGCGUGGCUAACUGGCAGAUUAAAAGGCUAAUUUCUCGUCAUCUGUGCUUUGCUAAAUUGUUGUAUAUAGUCGAAUCGUCUCAAAAUAUGAUUCUAAUUCACAUAAUAAUACCAUUUAAGACUUUUUUUCUCGUGUCGUAUGCUCUUUAAAUGCAAAUACAAAAUAAAAUUCCCGAAUAUUUCUUCAAAGUAUCCAGGAUUGCACUUUCAUUUAAAAAUAGAUAAAAAUACCAGAGCUUAACCUAAAAUGCUAUUAAAUGGUAAAUAGACAGUACUUAUUUAGCACAUUUAUCUACAUGGUUACCAUGCCCAAAGCGCUUUACAUUAGCACACAUUUACCCCAUCACGCACAUGCUGCUGCCAUGCAAGGCGCUGCCAACCCAUUUGGGGAAAAUUAGGGUUCAGUGCCUUGCCCAAGGGCACUUCGACAGUGCGCAGUCGAAGCCGGGAAUCCAACCGCUGACCUUUCGGUCCUAGGACAACUACCAACUGUGUCACGGCCGCCCGUAUUGAAAAAUAAAUAAAUGAGGAUCUAAGUACAACAAAAGAACAAUUGGCUAACUUGCAUUUACAUUUUUUUUGCUCUUAUCAAAUUGUUCAAACAUAUAUUCCCACAUAAAACGGCUAAAUAUACCUAUAAAUUACAAAUGCAUUAAAAAAAAUAUUUUGCUCAGACAAAAACUUCUGUUGGUCUUAACAGGGAGCAGCUGGUUUCAGCCAUGUUAAAUGAGUUAAAUCAUAUUUACUGUUGCCACUAGAGAGCGGUAUAUCCACCCAAAUCAAUAAAACUAAAUGCAAACACUUUCAAAACAAACCAUUACAAUGCUACUCUAAUUAAACCAAUAGUCCAAGCAGUAAAAUUUGAUUCGAAGCUUUUUUCUAAUGGAAUUGCUCGAGCGAAUCGAUUAAUCGUCGCAGCUACAACCUAUGUCUAUUACAUACCAAAAAUUAAAUUAGCACAUUCUACAGUCUUUAAAUGGUAGGGUUUCAAAUUGCACCAGUGAUAAUUUGGUGCGCAAAUAAUCAUACGAUCAAUCAUUACAGUUAUCAUGUUUAGCGAUAGCUAAUUUCAGUAAUCCUGAGAGACCUAAAACAGGAGAGGUUUAGUCUGAUUUGUCUUCAGACAGUGAUACAAAAAAAAAAGUUUUUGCACAGUUUAUGUACACAUAUGGCUUCAACUUUACAUGUGUAAGAAUGUAAAGCACGUAUUUAAAUGGCAAUGGGAUGUGAAGUUGUUGGUGUUUACAUUCUGCUUUGGGACUGCUCCUUGGUACCUCAAUAAUUAGAAUGAGGUUUGAUUUUCUUUCUCUCUCACUUCAGAUUGAGUCUCGAUGGUUGAAAUUGUGUACUCGAAGCACAGUGUUAUUUUUCUCUACUUGAUGCUUCCCCCAUCAACUGUACACCAACCAUUUUUCUUACACAGAAAUGCACAAUUGAUUCCUGCAAUGAUAAUUGGUAGACAAGAAAAAAAAUCUAUAUUUACAUGGAAAUAUUUGUAAUGCAGAACUUAAUUCAUCUAGCAUAUUCAACUGUAUAGUUUUCUAAUAUUUCUGGUUUGUAUGAUCAUAUAUCAUUUUUUUAGGUUUUAAUAGAACAGUACAUUUUUUUGUUUGAGAAUUCAUUUGCUGUGUCACAGUAGAAAUCCUGUUCGACCUCAAGCAGUCUGUGUACAGGUGAGACAUAUCAUGCAGCCAGCCUUCCAGACAUUGAUUUUGGACAGUGGAGUCACAUGACGUCUGGAAGGUAAGCAUGAUACAAUGCUGCUGGCAAUGCACACCUAAAUAUCGUCUGGAAACAACUAAUAAAUCGACCCGUUGGAUACAAACACCAUUCGUGUUGCUUUUUGUUGCAUUGGGAGUUAAAAUGUUUAUGUACACAGUUGUGCUACCACUGGUCCCCAACUACAGUGCUGUGGAAUAUUUGGGACCUGAAUGAACAGCGACUGAAAAUGUUUUUUUAUUCGUGUUAUUUAUUAUUACUUUACUUUUAUUAAUUACUGCAUUUAAGGGCACUUUCACACUAGCACGUUUUGGUCCGUUUAAAACGGACCAGAUUUCUUUUUGUCAGCACCCUGCUUCGAUUGUGAAUGCAAGGUGCGCUUUUGCUACUUUACAAACAGUGGGGCAAAAAAGUAUUUGGUCAACCACUAAUUGUGC